CAGUCCUAUUGAUCUGGCUGGGCUGUGGUCUGAUUCAUCCUGUUUGCAGACUUGGAUUCUGUAACAAGUGAGCAUUCAUUACGAUGCGUUUGUAAUUGUUACUGCCUCGCAGCUGCCUCGACCGUGGCUAGGUCGGUGUUUUUUUUGCCAAAUAGUGCGCUACUGUCUGUAAAUUGAUGAAUGGCGGUCCGGGGCCCGGAAUACGCAAGCGCCGUAGGUGCUCCGAAUUUUGCAUUCCUGACUAAUAUUCGUCCUAAAUUGUCGCCUCGGCUCAUCGGUUUCGAAGCAGGUGGCAAGGAAAAAACAAGUGACGUUAUUAAGGAGCCAGUGACCUACACUGACACGAGCCACAAGGCCGCUGAGAGCCACAGAACCAUAGGGUCCAACCCCAACUCCGGCCCCCUGACCUCUGCUCUGAGAAGCCACCUGACCACCCUCCACACCUAUAGAUUGUUCUAGAAGAAGCCCUUGCACUGAGCUGCGUUUCUCCCAGACGACGGCAGGCGAUGCAUUCCGCCUAGACACCCCCCCACCCUCUUUCCCCCGACCAAUCCGAGGCAGCCAUGGACCCUGAGGAGGCGGAGCUUGGCCAGGAGCUGAGCGAGGACAUAGAAGCCGACCUGCCCACUCCUCAACGCCAUCGCCACGACAACCACAUCGCCACCAACAACGGUCGACCCCGGCAGCCUAGCAACCACAGUAGUGAGAACAACAACCACGCUGCUCAGCGCUACAGGAGAUAUAAUGAGGCUCCUGGCGCAGGUGGCAGCAGGGUCAGAGGGGCCCCACAACGCAGGUCAACAGAGGAGCCAGUGGCGGAGCUGCACCUGGGGGCCCAGUCCCCUCCCCAGCCCCAGCAGCAGCAGGCCCAGGGUCAGUCUCAGCCCAUCCUGCGGCCUGCAGUGACACGUUACCGCAGACAGGGGGACAGCGAGGCCCGGCUUAGAGCACAGCAGCAGAGACACAUACAGAGACAGCAGAGAGAGGCUGAGAGGGUCCAACAACAACAACAGCAACCUCUGCCAGCCCCACAGCCUGUUCACUCUCUACCCCCAGAACGAGAAGAGCCAGAGGAGGACGAGGGGGAGAGAGGGAGGGAUCGAGAGAGGGAGACCGAGGGGGAUAACUCUAAGUUAGCCCGUUCGGCCAGCACGGAGAGCGCUUUCCACACACACACAGACCGGGCGGAGGGCGACGCCGUCAUGGCCCUAGAUCCUGAGGCAGAGGACGAGGGCGGUACUUACGAGGUGAUGCUUCGCCCAGAGGCGGAGGGAUACACAGAGAGCGCUGAGUCAGAGCAGCAGCAUCCCCACCCUCAGCCCAACCUGAACCUCAACAACCCCCCUCAGCCCCCUCCCUUACCCCAGGAACCCCUACCAGAUGUUGGGAGACCCUCCAGUCAGGAGGCGGCAGAGGAAACCCUGAACCCUGGGGGUGGUUACUCUAACUAUGUCUACACCCAACCUCUCAACCGCCAUGGGGGAGGGGCCAGGGUGCUGGGGGGGCGGGACACCAGCAUCGAGGAAGGGUUGGAGCCUGAAGACGAGGCGUAUUCUGAAGCCUACCACUACUCCCUGACAGAACAUGUGUACGAGGAGAUCAGCGACGCCCCCUCUGCCGCCGCUGCUGAGGGAGCGGGGCCUACGAACGCCAAUGAGAAUCUCCAGCAGAGAAAGGCGGGGUUCCGACUGUUCGAGGGGAGGGACGGGGGUGGGGACUACCGGCAGCAGGAGGCAGUGGGGUCGAGGCUGCACCACUACGACGAGCGCUCGGACGGCGAGUCAGACAGCCCUGAGAAGGAGGCGGAGUUUGCUCCGUACCCGCGGGCAGACAGCUGCGACCAGGACGGUGAAGAGGACAUCGACAUGAUCGUAGCAGAGGUCAGAGAGAGUUCCAGCUCUCAGAGUCUGGAGAGAGCUGCUGCUGGGUUGGCGGAGGGAGGAGAUGAAGAAGACAUGAUGAAAGGAGGAGAGGAAGAGGGAGAUUGGCCCGAGUCCCAACACUCUCACAACUCCCAAUCCAACACUCCCACAGACUCCAAACAUCCCAAGGGAGAGAUGGAAAGAGAGGGGGAUGAGAGCGAAGGAGAGAACAUUCCAGCCCCAGCAGACAGUCCCUCUGAGGACUGGUCUGGGGUUCGUAACAGUCGUGAGAAGAGAGACGCCAUCUCCCUGGCCAUAAAGGACAUCAAGGAGGCCAUAGAGGAGGUGAAGACCAGGACGGUGAGGUCCCCCUACACCCCUGACGAGCCUAAAGAACCCAUCUGGGUGAUGAGACAGGACCUGAGUCCCACCGCUGAGUAUUGUGACCUGCAGCCUUCACUAGGGGGCGACUCUCCAGGUUCAGACUCUCAGGCCUCUCCUCAGGGGGCGGAGUCUUCCAUCCGGACACCCAUGCUUGAAGGGAGUGACAGCUUCGAGUCUCCACCCCUUUCCGCUAAAGAGGCCAGGAGAAGCCUGGCCUCCUUCCCUACCUAUGUAGAAGUCCCAGGUCCAUGUGACCCAGAGGACCUGAUUGAUGGGAUAAUCUUUGCUGCUAACUACCUGGGCUCCACCCAGUUGCUGUCUGACAAGACUCCCUCCAAGAACGUCCGCAUGAUGCAGGCCCAGGAGGCUGUCAGCCGCAUCAAGACGGCCCAGAAAUUAGCCAAAAACAAGAAGAAGGCUCCAGAAGGUGAGGCCCAGCCCAUGACGGAGGUGGACCUCUUCAUCUCCACCCAGAGGAUUAAAGUCCUCAACGCUGACUCACAGGAGACUAUGAUGGACCACCCUCUGAGGACCAUCUCCUACAUCGCUGACAUCGGCAACAUCGUGGUUCUGAUGGCGAGACGCCGUAUGCCCCGCCCAGACUCCACGGACAGCGUGGAGGCGUCAGACCCCGUCGAGGACGAGAAACAACGCCAGUACAAGAUGAUCUGCCACGUUUUUGAGUCAGAGGAUGCCCAGCUGAUAGCCCAGUCUAUAGGCCAGGCCUUCAGUGUGGCGUACCAGGAGUUCCUGCGAGCUAACGGCAUCAACCCAGAGGACCUGAGUCAGAAGGAGUACAGUGACCUGCUCAACACUCAGGACAUGUACAAUGACGACCUCAUACACUUCUCCAAGUCUGAGAACUGCAAAGACAUUUACAUCGAGAAGCAGAAAGGUGAGAUUCUGGGCGUGGUCAUUGUGGAGAGUGGGUGGGGCUCCAUCCUGCCCACAGUCAUCAUCGCCAACAUGAUGCAUGCUGGUCCGUCGGAGAAGUCAGGCCGUCUUAAUAUCGGAGACCAGAUUAUGUCUGUCAACGGGACCAGUCUGGUGGGGCUACCCUUGUCUACCUGCCAGACCAUUAUUAAGGGUCUGAAGAACCAGUCUCGUAUCAAGCUGAACAUCGUCAGGUGUCCUCCCGUUACCACGGUGCUCAUCAGACGACCUGACCUCAGAUACCAGCUGGGCUUCAGCGUACAGAACGGCAUUAUCUGCAGCCUUAUGCGAGGGGGCAUCGCUGAGAGGGGAGGGGUCAGGGUCGGCCACCGCAUCAUCGAGAUCAACGGCCAGAGCGUGGUGGCCACGCCCCAUGAGAAGAUCGUCCACAUCCUGUCCAACGCUGUGGGAGAGAUCCACAUGAAGACGAUGCCAGCUGCCAUGUACCGCCUGCUAACUGCCCAGGAGCAACCCGUUUACAUCUAGAGAUGACCUCCCUCUCCUACCCCUGACAUCCGACCUCACCCCCUGAUGACCUCACCCCCUGAUGACCUCACCCCUGACCCCUUAUACUGACCCCCAGCAUCACUGCACCCUCUGUGUGAGCAACUCCUUCCCCUCCCUCAAACCAAUGGAGACUGAAGCUUCUUAAUCCUUACGAGUGGACCUAUCAUAUGCUCUGGAUUACUAUUUUAUCCAAUCCGAUUGUUUUGCUGUGGAGAGUAGUGUUUGGCUGAAAAAUACAGCUUGUUCAAGCCCCUCCCA